CAUUUAAAAAUAUUUUCAGAGUAAUACGGAAAUACAAUAAUAAUCAAAUCAUGACACAUUUUAAAAUCUGAUGAUCAAACAUUUGCCUGCCAUCCUUGCAUCUCCUCUGACUCAAUGCCCUCCAGGAAUGGUUCCAUCAUUGUCUUCUUGUUACCUACGUGUAGUCAACGAAAAAUACAAACUACACGCUCAGCGAAACCGCUGAGUGGUACCACGCUAGAAUUGUAGAAUGAUUCACAGACAUAUACAUAUGUAUACGUCCACAAAAUAAACCCCCACAAAUUUGCCUCGAAUUGAGCCUAUUUUCAAGGCACAGUGAUGGGAUCGCGAUCCGGAGCCGGGACUCCGAAAGGAGAUUCUGACGAUGAUUCAUCGGCGGCGAAUUUAUCGUUGGAUUUCGGCACCCCGGAGGCUCUGGAGCGCGUGUGUAAGCUCACUGAUGUUGGAGCCAUGACUCGUCUUCUCCAUGAGUGCAUCGCUUACCAGCGUGCCCUAGAUCUGGACCAGGAGGCGAUUCUUUCCCAGCGGCACGAUCUCGACAAGCAACUCUCAGUCUUGUAGAAAUCCGCAACCGAGUUCAAUUGGAAUCUUCAACAAGACGGGAUUCUCUCGAUUUCCGUCCAAAAUCGGGAGGAAAAUGAUUUUCCAGUUUUUUAAUUCAUUUUUUCUCCACUUUUCUUUUCCUCUCACUUUUCCUUUCUUUUUCUCACUAACCAAACAUAAAAAAACAUUUCCCUC